AGGAAAAGAGUAGCACGAACCGACUAACAAAUUAAAAAGAAACAAAGAAGCAUCGUGACUCGUAAAAUCGCGAUAGAAGCGUCCGAGUAAAAACGAUCCGAGUCCAAGCCCGUAAACCAACGACGCUAAGGUGACUAACGAACGAUUCUCCAAUCUGACUAAUCGACAAAAUUUACCCACUAAACGUUUACGAAAGCAAAUUAGAGGAAUAAGCAAGAGGCUGUAAGAGGAAUAAAUCGCUUAACUGCCCGGCAGUGAUAAAACCAUCGCUGGAAGGAAGAAGGACGCGUAACGACGUCGUUAAGAAGGCUGAAGAAAAAGGGCGGCCUUGGCGUGCACAAGCUUUGCCACUGUGGCCGUAAUUUCUCGCGCUUUGUACGAAAGGGGAAUCGCGCCUGGUUCCGCGAACCUCCGUCGCGAAUUCCCUUCUCCGGUGAGUCCCCUUCGAACGCGGAUUAUUUUUGCCGGUGGCGGCAGUGUCGCGCGGACACGAUGCCGGUCGAAAGUCAAAACACGGGGACCCACCCUAUAUCAAACGUUUAAUUGGGUGCUACGUCGCCGGACAGGAAUGCGAACGUCGGUAUAAAUUUAAUGAGACUCGCCUGACUCCUCCCGUUACCCGUUGUCCGCGUGUAAAACGCGAAUGAUUUUUAAUUUAACGCCGCACCCGCCCAAUUUGUCUGCCUGGGGCAACGUGUACGAGCAGCGAAGUCUUCGAUCGAGGGUGAAACGACACGACGAGAAGGUACGAGUUCCUUGAAAUAAAAACGAAUAUGUUUCGAAACGAAACGAAAAUAUGAAGGCAGUCGAUCGCGAUUGUUUCCCACUCGGACGCGAUUUUUUAUUUAACGCAACAGCCGCGCAAUCUGUCUUCGUAAAGAGCGAAAUCUUUGACGAAAUCCGAGAUGAUACGACGGGCGACCGAUGGUCAGCUGAAAAAUACGAGCUGCGAAAAGCUGCGAGUUGAUAAGUUUGCGAGGAUCGUUUGCUUCUUCGCAAUUGCUCGUAUCGCUCUUUAGUAUCAUUCAUUCCCCUUCGAGUAUAUAAAAGAUAAUAUUUGGUGGUUGGAAGGAGGACAGAGGCACUAACGCACUAAUGAAUGCUAAUGGGUUUCGAGCUAUUUCGAUGGAGUUGGUCUGCUUCCUGCUGCGGAGAGAUGAGUAGGCGACAGUCGACCAGACCACUAUCCGUCUUGUUUCUAUACGAUUUUAGUUUUCCAAUUGCACGGAUUUCUGGAAGAUGCGUCACGUCUGAUUAACGACGCCCUCAUACUUGGAAUACGGUCCUUCUCUAGCGUACCACGACCUCCCGUCGAUCCGCUCUGAAUCACCCCUUUCGCUCUCGAUAUAGAUACGAGAGGCAGUUAUGUAAGCGAACUAACCCUUUAUUUCGUCCGAAGAACCAAUCUGUUUGUGAUAUCUGUUUACGGUAUUAACGAAAAGUGUCAGAAAAAUCUGUCGACAGGUUAAUUUAUCGAAUAACAUACAUAGAGAAAGAAGAAUGUGCGAAAUAUUUAGUUUCAUGAUAGAAGAUAGAGGUUCAUUUUGGAAGUUCGAUAGGAGCAAAGAAUUCGUGGGAAGAAUGCGAGAAAAGACACGAAACGCGGCGCUUCAGGGUCGAAAAGCCCCGGAGAACAAGUAGAAAAUAAUACACGGAUUAAUUUGAAGCAAGCUGCAGCGAGUCUCUUUGUCAGCGAGUUCUUUCGAGUCAGACGGCGUUCUCCAUGCCAGUCCAUCGACUCUUUUUUCCCUUGUGCUUGAGUCACCACACCGUAGCACUCGGGAACGCGGCACUUCAAAAAUCGAAGAAACGAAAAGCGAGUAACUUAAUGGCGUCAGUAACGCCGCGUUUCUCCGCGACUUCGUGUUCUCCACGUGCGCUUUUGGUCAGAUCUUCGUUGUUGCCUGGUCGUCUUUAUCCGACAGCGAUAAUUCUUUCCGCUAAGAAAUUUACGGUCCGGCUCUUGUCAACGAUUUUUAUCGGCUAUGUAAGCGCCGGUGUCGUCCCCCUGUUAUUCUUUUACUUUUCACACCCUUUUCCUUCAGUCUGCCUUUUCGAGCUUGCAAACCGGGAAAUUAAGCCACGGAACGAAGAAGCACGGUUUGCCGAUAAAUUAUCAGUUGCUGGUGUCUGAAUUUGAUCUUUCUUUCGUACUAAAAAACCUCUACUUCUACCACUUACUUGUAGUAAGGUUUUCGCUUUCGUGUUUGUAGGAAAGAUUCUUUGUCGUCCAGAGACAUCGUAUCUCAUAUCUGUAAUUACGUUUAUGAGUUUCGUAUCCGAUUAUCGCUACCUCUAAUCGCCGAACUAAGCAAAAACGCUGGCGACUACACGGACAAGGUUGUCAAAGAAGGACAGAAUCUAAGAUCGAAAGGACUUGUAGCAAUCGUUGAGAAAAGAAAAGAAGCUACAAAAUCGAUACGGAUGUUGAAAGCGAUACUUUCGCUGUAAAAUGUAAAUUUUCAUCAAAGCGUCCUCUGUAAGGACGCUUGAACGAGUAUAAUUCGACUCGUCGACCUGAAUUACGCUUACGAACGUAACAAUUUGCAAUGGGAAGGGGACACCUUCUUGCGACAGAGGAAAUAAAGUCUGCUCUGUUAAACGCGUGUUCUUAAAUUUCUUUGAUUACCGAAUCUAGAUGAGUAUAAAUAAUAAAUUCCAAGAUCACGAGACAAGAUCGAGACGUUAAAGCACACGACUGCUGAGAGAUCGAUCGAGACCGAAAGUUUUCGUAAAACUUGGAAUCGUAGCGUAAUCAGAGGAAAAGUAGGAAGCGUUUGGAAGAAAAUCAGAAGCACGGGAUGGCAUUCGUAGGAUCGUGUUCAUCGUCGACCUCGAAGCGUAUCGCAUUGGCUAACUGUCGGUGUACGACGAACCGAAGAGUUAGUAUUCGUUCGUCGACGAACAACGACGUCACGGUUCUAUUCCUGGCCGCGUGGACGCAGCGAUAUCUUUAGAGCAACCAUCGGUAGUACAGUCCGUUUCCGAGCUUUCCUUCCUACGGGACCGAACGUUUUGCCAAAAGAUGAACGAAGACGACAAGGAUGAUUCGUUUCGACCGAUUAUUUCGUCGUCUGGGCGUUCGAUAGCCUGUGACAUCAUCGUUUCGCUAAAUCGAAACAGGAGAUGCAUCGUCCGAGAUGGAUACGUCGUCCGAGGAUCUAACGUUUGUUAAAUUAACGUCGAAUAUUAUUUCGGAGACGUUCUACUAACUUAACGUCUCCUCGGAACUUAUAGAAACAUUGAAACAUUAAAAAGCUGGAUACAUUCGCAUAGGUGAAAAAUAAGGCACGAGUCGUAAGAAAGAUGCGAACAGAAUAGUUUUAUAUUAAUUCUUCGAAUUAAUUUACAACGAGAGUAAUUUAUACGGAGGCUAGGAUCAAAGGAAAGCUUAAGGUAUCCCGAUGAGGCAAGUUGUAUGUCACUGUCUGGGCAGAAUGAGUGCCGUGAUUCGAACGGAAUCCAUUCGUUUGUCUGUCCCCGGGACGGAGAAGACAGCGCGGAUUCCGGAAGCAGAGUGACCGAACUUUCGAAUUGAUGUAUCUCUAAAUAAAGCGAGCACGACUUUGGUUGUACCGUCGAUUGAAGUCGGUAGCCUGUGUCUAGAGUCUACAUUGAACUAUCUGUUGGUCUUGGAGCCGGGCCAAUCGCGAUAGAAAAGGUAGGGGUGAGAAUAAGAUUAAUGCCGCGCAGCCGUCUCUAAUGUACAAAAUAAUCGUAAUUAAAGAGGAAUUUGGUAAAAAGGAAAAUACGAAUAUCGAGUAUCUCACGUUGGAACGAUAUAAGAGAAAAGAAACGACAACGAGAAGAAAGUUCUCCGAUAGACUCGUCCGUAAGACGAAAGAACAUAGAAGAAUAUCUUUUUUCUUUUUUCUCUUUUCGAUGUGAUUCGGUCGGACUGAAAUAUUGACCUGGAAAAUGGAUAACUUCUAUUGAAAGUGGCACUACGCCAAACACAAUAAUCUUAAACGAACGGUGCCAUGUUGUGUGGCAUCUUUGUUUGCGAUUGCACGUAAACGCGUGAACAGUAUCGUAGUCUACGACUAUUUAUUGGGCAAAGUUUAUUUGCACAGCGGACGUUGCAACUUAAAAUCGCACGCGCCGACACCGUUCUCCAGACGGGAGUUGUACGACCGCUGCGGCCGUUUGUUUGAACUGGCAAAAUUAGUGAACUUUCGGGUCGCUAACUGUUACGACUGUUACGACGUUCGGGAACGAUGAAAACGCCUGAAUGUCGCCAAUGGUUCCCCUUCGCUGCCAGAACUUUGCUGCUUAACCGAUCAAAUUCUGUCGACUUUGUCCGUAAAUUUUCCGCCGAUUAACAUCGACCAAAACAUGUACCAUAAAACACUACGAUGAUUAAGAUAAAACCAUUAGUCAACGAAACACACGCUCAGAUACAAACGACGGAGUAACGUUGGAUCGUUCGAUAAUCUCUGAAAGAAAUUCUAGUAAGCAAAUAUACGCAAGAUAUGGGGGUUAAUCGUAGAUAUCGCGACUGAACGAAGAUGUAAGCGAAACCGAACAUCGUCACGAUCAAACGAUUAUUCCGUAUUAAUACUAUCUACGAUCUUUCUAACUUUGAUCGUAAUUGUUGAUCGUAAAUUUCGGCAAUUGCCACUUGAUUUUACCUUCGAAAUUCGAACUAGUAAAACAACGGAUGAUACUUUUUAUGGGAUGGCCUGGUACGAAAAGAUUCGACGCGAAAUUUAAUUAUAACACGCAUGACUCACGAAAUAUAUACCUUUCGUCGAAAUUAGACUGAUAUGAAAAAUGUGAGAUAUAAAAAGUCUAUAAUGAACCAUCGAUUCAAAAAUAAAAUCACCGCUGGAAAAUAAGAGGUGAACGCGCUAUGGCCCGAUACCUUACGACGUAUAAAAAGGAUUACACGUGGCCCUCGACCAGGUACAAACGCAAGAUAACUUCGCUAAGCGAAUAUGCUUCUUGUAAAUGCCACGAUCGUCCACGAGAGAUAAAGCCGCUGGUACGUUGCGGGGACGAUUACGACUGGAGUCGCACGGGUCCCAUGGGGCGGCUUCUGGACCCGAAGCUUUAUCCUGCAAAAACGGGACCGCAUCCGGAAACCGAAGCCACGAGAUUCGAUCAACCAGCCACGUACAUGAGAAAGUUGGAAGAGAAACAUCCUAAUCUCUAUGGAGUUCUACAGAGUACUCCUAUCGACGAAGUAAUUAAACGCGUUGACGAAGAUCGACUGAAGACAACAUACCAGUUGGAUUAUUCCGACAAAGCCGCGCCAAUGGAGGAUAUCUCUACGGGGGCUCUCUGUGGUAUCAGACAAGAAGAAACAAAGGACAUAGACUGUCGACCCUCUACUCGAGCUAAGCUAUCGAAAGUAUCUAGUGGAGAUGACAGAGACAAAAUAGGAAAGAGGCGGUCGAAGAGAGUGGCCGGGGCUGAAGACGAAUCGCAGGAAACGCGAUUACUUCCGUGGCGAUCGGAAUACCAAGAUACUAUCAGUAAACUAGGUCAAUCGAUUCUAAAAUACAACAUUCAUCAAAAACACGAUAGUGCACCAGCUUGGGCGGCAGCUGCCUUGUAGAAAUUAAUUGUAUCGCUGUGUUCAAUAAACGAUAUUCCAUCCGGAUCCAAUUCUCGAAUACGUUUAACGCGAUCGCCAGAAAAUACUCGCGAAAAUUAAUUUAUUUCCAUUUUUUCACUCCUAUUGCCGAUACGUGUA